CGGAGGCAAGCAUGGCGUCUCCCUCGCGGGGUAGCCACGUGUGGGUGGGAUCCGAAACGGGCAUUUUGAAAGGGGUCAACCUGCAGAAGAAACAGGCCACAAAUUAUAGAAUGGGAGAAACAACUCUGAGUCGACGAGAAGCUGUCACUGCAAUGUGUUGGGGAGAUUCGUAUGAAUCGGAGAUCCUUGUGGGGUGCCUUGAUGGAUCUGUUCGAUUAUUCAGUACCGAAAAGGGCAAGUUUAUUGAAUCGCGAGACUGCCAAGGAGGGGAAGGAUCUUUUUGUGGCUUAGCUGUCCUCGAUGGUUCCCUCAUCACCUGUGUGGAGUCUGGGCUGAUGAAAAUCUGGCGGGAUUCCUCUUCAGAGAAUGUGGAAAUUCAGGUGGGGCCCGGCGUGUGCCGCAUGAGGCAAAACUCCGAGCAGCGCCACCGUGUCGCCACAGGGGGGAAAGAAAAUUGUCUGAAAAUAUGGGACCUGCACCAACCUCAGGAACCAGUUUUUCGAGCCAAAAAUGUGCGCCAUGAUUGGCUUGACCUGAGGGUACCUAUCUGGGACCGGGAUAUGGAAUUCCUGCCUGGAUCGGAGAAGAUUGUGACUUGUACCGGACACCAUCAGGUCCGGGUUUAUGAUCCCAGCUGCCCCCAACGCCGUCCCGUCUUGGAGGUGACCUUCGGCGAGUACCCACUUACAGCUCUCUCUCUCACCUCCGAUGCCAAUGCUGCUGUUGUUGGCAGUUCCCACGGAGAUGUUGCGGUUAUAGAUCUACGGCAAGGGCGUUUGGUGAAGUGCCUUAAGGGUUUUGCUGGCAGCGUCCGCGCCAUCCAGUGUCACCCUACGCUUCCUGUGGUCGCCUCGUGUGGAUUGGACCGUUUUCUUCGGCUGCACAACCUCCAGAGCCAGCGUUUAGAACACAAGGUUUAUCUAAAAUCCCGACUGAACUGCCUCUUGCUGACCAGCCGGGAAAAAUGGGAGAGUGAGGCUCUCGACCCGUCCCUUAACCUGCAGGAGGAGGUGAAAGAGGAAGACGAUGAAUUAUGGAACUCCAUGGAAGUCGUGGCUUCCAAGCGGAAAGUCGAUGCAGAUCUUGGCUCCCGGAUGGAGAAUCCGAAGCCCCUCAAGGACCCGAAUGCGCAAAAGCAGCAGCAGAAGAAGAAGAUGAUGAAAAAGAUUAAAUUGUGUUCGCGGUGAGAGGUACAGCAGCCUCCUCCUGCCUUUUUUUAACACAAAACUGGCAAAAUCUCAUCCGAUGGGUUUCCUUAAACAUCCGGACACACGUUUGAGAAGUUGUCUUUGGCACGUCGAUGGGGGGGGUGGGGUUUAAUGAAGACAGGCGGCCCAAUUCCAGGGGGGGGGGAACAGGGGAGAGAGAUUCUUUUAAGCCCUUGGCUGUGAGUUCGGAGGCUGUCAAAGCAGGAAUGAAGACACAUGGUCUGUUCAAGAUUCAACUUACCACCACAAUGGAGCCCAGCAUUUUAUGUUGCUAAGUGAGGCAUUUGUCCAGUGAACUUUUCCCCAUUUUAUAAUUAUUCAUUGCCACGGUUGUUAAAACAAAUCACUGCAAAUGUUAAUUACACGGUCGUUAAGUGAAUACGGCGGCUUCCCCCCCCCCUCCCAUUGACUUUGCUGGUCAGAAGGUCACAAAAGGGGAUCACUCGACUCCCCCCCCCCGGACACUGCGACUGUCAUAAAUAUGAAUCAAUUGUCAAGCA